AUGGCUAACACUGAGCGCGCACGGCGCCUACGACAUGCGCAUGAAACGAAUACGCUGAGUUAUGGUCAUUUUGGCACGCCUAAGUACGAUAAUGAGGCCCAUAUUUGGUCCUUCCUACGGCAGAAUCGAAUCCCACCGCGAGACGAAGGUGGCUCGAUCAAAGUGAACUCGACUGGCUUUCAACUUCUACACGAACGAAUAAAGAGGCUGUCUCCAGGCCCCACUUUGCCGCCUCUUGAUAUCGACGAUUCAUAUCCUCAGUCAGGGAAAAAUGCGCUGCUCAAGCAGUUGCCCGAUGUGGCUCUUUUGUCCAAGUGUCUGCCCACCACGCAUGUGGGUGCUCAUGCUGACCGGAGCGUGCCCGUCCUCGGAAAUCUGUUAACGUUUGGGAGCGCGAAAGUAUCGUCGCAACUACGGCAGCGACAGAACGACCCGCCAACUCGCCCCAUCGCCGCAUUGGCAGCAGGUCGGUGCAACGAGGAGCUCCAGCUAAUUGAACUCGGCGCAGAAGAUAUCUCUUCGCAGAAUGACAUCGUGCAUGAUGAAAAGUGCUCGCUUCCCUGCGUCCUCUCAGGCACGUCUGCCAGUUGGAGCAACUCGGCAGAAAGGAUACGUCACGUCUCUUCUGCUGGAAUCUCGAGUCAACGAUUUCUGGUUGUGAGGGCAAGCGGAACUAGUAUACUGGCGCCCAUUAUCAUGAGCUCUUGCCUGGCUGCUCAAAAAUCAGAUGGCGUCUCAACUGCCAAUCAGUCCUUUGUUGAUCCGUCGUUGGUAUUAACCAUACCGUCCUCUAGGACCGGAGAGAGUCCCCAUGCUCACGCUGCUUUGAAUCCCACCGAUCCAAGCCUGGUCGCAAUCGUGGAUGUCAAUGGUCAAUGGAGCAUAUGGAAAAUUCUUGGCAGAAGAGCGUGGACUGCUCGCGUGCUAUACCGUGCACUUCUUAAAGGCUCGAAUGACCUGACUCCCUCCAGUGGUGUGGCUGUCUCCCGAAGUGACCCGUCUAAUCUUGACGACUGGCACCGGGUGUGUUGGCUGAGGGACUCUGAAAAAUCCAGUGAGCGUGUCCUAGUCUGCAACCGACGCCUCGCUGUCGUUUUUGACAUACGCGGCAGCAUCGACGGCCAAGUGGACGUGCGACUAGGACCGCACUCGGAUGGAAACCAAAUCCUCGAUAUCAGGAACAGUGAGAGCCAGCCGUUUCUGGUCUUGGUUCUCACGACUUCACGGUUGCUGCUUUUCAGCUCGCAGGAAGUCAAUGAGAAAGGGAGAAGUGGAUAUGAUCCGUUGAGAUUGGUCUGCUCUUGGAAUCACUUUCGAGGUCGCAGUGACCUGAAUCUGAGGAUGAGCACUCUUGAGCUUGCUCGUGAUAUAUUCAUACUGCUUUACUCGUUAAACAGUAACCUUGCUGUACUCUAUCGUUUUGGGCAUGAAAUACCUGGCUCGCAUGCCGUUUCGCUGCACGACCCUUCAAUUUUCGACAUGCCACCGGAGCUCCAGAAGCGAAUGAGUAGCAUGAUUGACCUCACCCUCUAUGCGGUCGAUUUCGUUGUUCACGAUAAUUCUCCAGAUGAGGCGAAUUAUGGCUUAGUGAAGAUGAUUGCUUGCACUACUGAUGGGACUAUUCUUGAAGCAGUAUACAAACAUCCCUUUAAGCAGUCGCGUCCGGCAACAAAGAGCUUUGGGCUUGUCCCAAGGCUACGUCUACCUAACAAACCGGCUAGAUCUGUCCUGAGCACAAAACUUGUGGCUGACUCGGAUGAUUCCUCGACGGAUGCUUUGGGGGAUGUCAAUGACAUUGACGAUUUUGUGGUGGCCGACCGCACCGAAGAUCAAGAACCUCACAGUAUCGAGAAUCUAAACCCAAAGACCACGUCGCCUUUGUCCGAGUAUCAUCCAUAUCUUCGCAACUGGCAACGUCUUCUGGACUAUGAUCGCUUCCGGCUUGCAGAAUACCAGGCACCACCCCUGCGUAUCGCGUUGAAGACUGCGCUUCGUCGCUUUAGGGGGCUGCAAUUGCGAGACGACCCUGGACCAAUGCAGCUCGUGGCACAACUUGUCAGUGAGCACCAGAUCACAGAUGUUGAACGGGAGUCUGAGGCUGUCAUGGCGCUGCUAGGAACGAUACAACACCGAGCAGACCUGGAAAUUCAGUCAGCUGGCUUGGGCGAAGACAUUCCCGCCUUAUCAGCUGGGCAAACCCUGCUUCAGCUGUAUGAGCUGGCCUCUCAUUCUUAUGUGCAAUCAUUUGGCGAGAACAUGAUGGAUCGCAAUCGAGUCAAUCGAGAAAGACUUGUUCGUCAGGUGGCUGCAGAAGUCUUUUUGGGGGAUCUGAUUAUAAAAUCCAGCAAGAAACCUGACACUCCAAAUACGCCGAAUCCGAACAUCCCAGUGGAAUCAGGUACAGAGUUGCCGUCUUCGCCACCUGAAGCACAAUCCGACGCUUCGCGGGCAGCAGCCUCUCAACCUUCGACCUCUCAAAGCCCUGCGGUAGAAGAGGAACCGGCAGUGACUCGCCUUCGAGGCUACGCUUCAUUUCGAGAACGUGGACCACCUCUCAGGCUUUCCCGUCAAGCCAGCACUUCUAAUAUUUUGUAUCAUCUUCCAGACAGCAUUGAUGAGGAUCCUGCCGAAUAUUCCUAUCACAGCACGAAUCACCGACUCAAGCUGGCGCAACAGGAGGCGGCCGCACAGUCUUUAGACCCACGAGAAAGACGAAACGCUGCGAGGCAAGCAGCUCGGUUACAGAAAAAGCUAGACAAAACUGCAAAGAUUGGUCAAGAGGCGAUGAUGCAGCAGAGAGUGGUACCUGGCAUUGCGAGUCUUGGAAGAGGCAUGGGUUUACCUGGAAGAGAAGUACAAAGCAGCCAGGUUGCUGUCCCCGGUUCUAGUCAAGGUCCAGGUCAGAGUCAGGUAAUCCCUGGACUCACAAUGACACAACCCGAAAGAGGAGCUUUCGGUACCAGGCCGAUGAAGGCGAAGGCUAAGGACAAGGGGACGAAGCGAAGAGCUGGCUUCUGA